UAUUAGAAAUAAAAAUACUUGUCAUUGCAAAGAGAAAAUUAGAUCUUUUACUGAAAGUAUUGCACAGUCUUAGUUUUAAUUUCUCUCUCUGGGACUUAGGUAUUUCCACAGGGGGACGGGUAAACCCCCGAGAAGGAAUUGUGCUUCACUCUACAAAACUCAUUCAGGAGUGGAGCUCUGUGGAUCUCAGAACUCCAAUAUCUGAUGCUCUGCACCUGCCAGUCUGGGUGGAUAAUGAUGGAAACUGUGCUGCUCUAGCAGAGAGGAAAUUUGGUCAUGGAAAAGGAAUAGAAAAUUUUGUAACACUCAUCACUGGUACAGGAAUUGGAGGUGGAAUUAUUCAUCAACACGAAUUGAUCCAUGGCAGUUCUUUCUGUGCUGCUGAGCUUGGGCAUAUUGUUGUAUCUUUAGAUGGACCAGAGUGCCUGUGUGGUAGCCAAGGAUGUAUAGAAGCAUAUGCCUCUGGAAUAGCAUUACAGAGAGAAGCUAAGAAACUUCAUGAUGAGGAUCUGCUUUUAGUAGAAGGAAUGUCAAUGAAGAAGGAGGAGGUUGUUAGUGCUGCACAUCUCAUUCAAGCAGCUAAACUUGGGAACGCAAAAGCAGACAGCAUUCUCAGAACAGCUGGGACAGCAUUAGGCCUUGGAGUUGUGAACAUUCUGCACACCGUGAACCCCUCUCUUGUGAUCCUUUCUGGAGUUCUAGCUGGCCACUACGUUAAUGCUGUCAAAGAUGUGAUAAAUCAACAGGCUCUGUCCUCUGUUAAAACUGUGGAUGUGGUGGUCUCAAAUCUAGCAGAUCCUGCUCUUCUUGGAGCUGCUAGCCUGGUAUUGGAUUAUACUACACGUAGAAUAUACUAG